GGAUCUAAGUAGAAGUGCAACCUGUUCAAGUUAUAUUGAUUUUUCAUCAGUUGAUUAUUCUAACUAUAAUGACGCAAAUGACAUCAAUAAAUCUGAUUAUGAUAUUGCAUUAAACGCUGAUGAUACAGAUGUAUUUCUCUCGAUCUAUUGGAAAAAUGGCAUGUUGGGAGCUGCAUCGUAUAAUAGCCAAAUAUCUGAAAUACAAAUUUUACACGAUGUCAUAGAAAGUAAUUUAGACUUUAAAAUGUUGAAUGCUUUAUUUAUGCAAGUUAGACCUGCAAAUAUUGUAGUAUGUAGUUUACAAGAUGGACAUUUUUUAAAAAUUAUUAAGCAAUUAGCUCAUAACGGCAAAAUAAAUAUGUAUUCUAGUCCAACUAAUACUGAUGAUUAUAAAUCAGAUGAUAAAGUGCAUAUAUUACCCAAACAAUGUUUCAAUUUUAAAACAUGCGAACAAUUAAUUUUAUCCAUGUCAUUGGCACAUGCUCCAAAAAAUGAAAAGUCUCGCAGAAUGUAUUUACGCAGUUUAAUAGAUUUUACUCAAGAGUUGGCUGUAUGUGCAUUAGGUGCAUUAUUACAUUUCAUGGAUACUCCAUUGAUAAAAUUAAGUUUACCAACCAACUWUACAAUAAUGUCAUUAAGAAUUCUUAACAUGGAUAACCUAGUUUGGCUUGGUAUUAGUACAUAUGAGUCAUUGCAAAUAUUUUCUGUACAUGAACACCCAUCUGCAUAUAAAUGGACCAAAAAUUCAACUAAAGAAGGCCCAAGCAUUUUUAGUUUAUUGAACCGGUGUCACUCAGUUCUAGGUUCAAAGUUUUUAAAGAAUAUUUUAGCCCAACCUACCAAAAACAUUGAUGUUAUAAGAUACAGACAUGAAAUUAUAGAAUUUUGCAUUAAACCUUGUAAUGAAAGUGUAAUACUUUCAUUAAUUAAUUGUAUCAAACAUUGUCGUUGUGUGUUAUCUACUGUAGUAAAAAUUAAUGGUGGUAAUGCUUCAAUGUACCAAUGGAAAUUAUUAUUUCAAACAGUUUUAAAUACUGUAACAAUUGGAGAAAUUUGUGAAAGAUAUUCUGAACAAAUUACGUUUUUUGCAAAGAUAAAAGAAACAUUAAAAGAUAGUCUAUAUACUAUGGUUAAUUCUAUGUCCUGUAUAAUUGAUUUUGAAAAAUCUACUAUACAAGAUAGAUUUGUAGUGAAACCCGGAUUCAUACCAGAACUUGAUGAAAAAAAAUCUAAAAUUGAAAACAUAUCUGAACUAUUAGAUGAAAUAACAUUAAAAGAACUACAAGAAUUACCUUCAUACAUUAAUGAGUGUUCAAUACGUAAAAUGCCAGAAAUUGGUUUUUUAUUAUGUCUUCCAUUUUGGAAACCUUUUAAUUUUCAUCUGACAGAUAAUGUAUAUUACAAAACAUCAAGGUGUUAUGGUUUUGCUGAUGUUGCUAAAGAUUUAAAAUUAAUAAAACCUAAUAUACUUCCUAAAGAACAUUGCAUUAUAAACAUAAUUAAUGGUCGACAUAUUUUACAAGAAAAAUAUGUGGAUAAAUUUGUACCUAACAGUUAUCAUUCUUCAAAAUCAAAUCAACCUAUCAAAAUUAUAACAGGUUUAAAUUCAAGUGGAAAAAGUAUUUACUUAAAGCAGGUAGCAUUAAUAUCAUAUCUAUGCCAUAUUGGAUGUUACGUACCAGCUGAGUACACAGAAAUAAGUAUAUUAGAUCAUAUUCAUACAAGAAUUCAAUCAACUGAAUCUGUAAGCUCUUUAAUGUCAGCUUUUAUGGUUGAUCUAAAACAAAUGUCAGUGGCUUUAAAUGAAUCAACAUGUAGUUCUCUUGUAAUAUUAGAUGAAUUUGGAAAAGGUACAUCUGAAAUUAAUGGAUUAGCUUUACUACUAGCAAGUAUUAGUCAUUUUGUGCAUAGGCCAUCACAUUUAUUGCCUCACAUCAUUGUUUCAACUCAUUUUCAUUCUUUACCAAAUCUUCUUCAACAGAUAAUAAAUAAAGAUAUUUUAAAUGGCAGUAUAAAGUACCUAAGCAUGAGCCAUACAAUAGAAAACUCCAAAAUAGUAUGCUUGUAUAAAGUAGAAGAAAAAAUAGAAAACCAAAAUAUGAGUAUGGCUCACAGUAUAGCAGCACAAAAUGGUUUACCAAUGUGUAUCGUUGAAAGGGCUACUAAAGUUCUUCAAUCAAUUCAAUAUGAUGAAUGUAUAAGUCCAAUGACAGAAAAUCUCAGAUAUAAAUUAUUUUCUAGGAGGAGAAAUUUUAUUGAAAAAGUACUCGAUCUAAUGCAAAACAAAAUUACAGAUGAUACUUUCAAAGACUUAGUAGAUGACAUGGAAAAUAUAAGUGGCUAAGAACAUAUUAGACGGUCCUUGGUACAAGAAAUUUGGCCACAUCUUACAAAAC